UCAAACAAAAAACACAAAGUCUUCUUAGAUAUUUUCUGCACCCAUGAAAAUACGUUGAUUGCGUACUGGCCCAUCCGUCUUUCUCCAUCUCUCUCCUAUAUAACUCAAUAUCUACAGCAAGUCAUUUGUUAAAAUAAGAAAAAAAACCAUCUCAAAUUCUUCCAAAAUUUGGCCAUGGAUCUUCUCUCUGUCCCUUCAUCACCUUCCUCUUCCCUGUCCUCUGUUAUCGCCUCAAAUCCCGAUGGAAGAAGAAGCGGGGCGAGCUCCUUAGCUUCCCAACUCACUGAGAAGCUCAUCCGCACUAUUAUCACCUGUGUCUUUGCUACAGUGGGUUUGUUGGCAGGAGCAGUUACUGGCGGUUUGAUUGGGUUGGCAACCGAGAGUGGGUUAUUCAGAGGAGCAGGAAUUGGGGCAAUCUCUGGUGGCGUUUUCUCGAUUGAGGUUGUGGAAUCUUCUAUUGAUCUCUGGCAUUCCCAUGAUUCUGGCAUUUGGAGCAUCCUCUAUGUGGUUGACGUCCUUGCUAGUCUCUUAAGUGGAAGGCUUGUCAGAGAGAAAAUCGGCCCUGCAGUUCAAAGUGCAGUUCAGAGUCAGAUGAGUGCUGUGGAUGCUCCUUUCAUUGAGGUUCUUGACAUUUUUGAGACCGGAGGAGGCACCGAUGGCAUGUCAAAUGAUUCUGUUAAUAAACUUGGAAAUAUUAGAAUUUCAAAGGAAAACAAUGUUGAUGCAUCCGGAGAAAAGAUUUGCUGUUCAGUGUGCCUUCAGGACUUUCAAGUUGGGGAAACUGCGAGAUGCUUGCCUCAUUGUAGGCAUAUGUUUCACUUGUCGUGCAUCGAUGGUUGGCUUAUCAGGCAUGGCUCUUGCCCACUUUGUAGGCGGGAUAUCUAAAUUCUUCGUUUUUUUUUUGCGAGAGGAUUUAGUUGUAUAAGUUGAUGUUCUUUCGAUUCUUUUAUACAGUUUUUUCCCCUUCUUUCAGUUAGCCCCUUCUUGUGGCUGUGUUUUUGUGAGUUAAGGUAUAGACAGCUAACUUCCUUUGCGCAUAUAUUAGUAUAUCCCUUUGUGUUGCAAUAUUGGUAGUGUUUGGUUGAAUGUAG